CUGGACAAUAAGAAAAUAAUAAUAAUAAAUAGGAUAAUUGGCAACUACGAUGGAUACCAAAAUUGUUUACGACCAAGUUUUCCUUGCGGAUAAUGAAGAUGAAUUAUUACUUAUCUACGACGAUGAAGUGAAUUUAGAUGAGGAGCACCUUUUAAUUUGUGAUGAUGUCUGGAAGAGGGAAGAGGAAAUGACUCCAGAAGGGAAUUUAGCCGACGUCGAAGACUACGCAGUUUUGAUGGAAGUAAUGGACACUCCUACAAUACACGUCGCCUCGGGGAGCGAGGAAGAAAUGACUCCAGAAGAGAAUUUAGGAGAGGUCAUAGACCUCGAUUCAGCGGAUGCAAAUGACGUGGCAGAUCUAUUGCCCGAUCCCGAGCCAUUUGAUUUAGAAGAACUCACGGUCUAUAUACCCGAAGAGAUCACAUUUGCAGAUUCGGGAUUCUUUGCAGAGCAGGGCGAUAACUUGGAGGCUUGCGACUUCACCUACAAGGUGAUCGCGUCUGAGACUAUUAGCCAUUCUCCUGGAGAAUUGACCGAAGUGACAGAAUUUAUCCGUUAUCUCAGCCAGGACUUCGUCUUCCAGGCAUACUCGCCGCCUUCGAUCCCCAGCUUGCACACCGACCGUUGUCCUCAUCACGACAAAACCUCACAAAACGAGUUUUGGUCCGACAUGGAGGAAGUGUCCUGCAUCCUGUUGCGUUCGGCGGCCGCCUAUAUGGAACCCCCCGCUCAUGUCGACGACGCUACGGUGAGUUUUAUUGCCAAGGGUCUCUCCUUGUCCAAGGAUUUCACGACUGAGGAGGGAGUUUCCCUAAGCGCACUGCAGAGCAUUGGUCGCCUGGUGGCCGCCAUUGUCAUGGACAGGAAGUCGGGCGUCGUAAUGGCAUACGCCGUGAUCCACCUCGUUCCCCAGACUAUGACCGACGACAGCACAGGCGAGUUGUUGGGAAUGAUGCUUCAUAACGUUAUUCGUGGAUUCGCCAUCAACGACCACUUCCGUCGCAUAAUUAUCGAAAACAGCCGGCCCUUCCUUUUGGUGGCGAACCAAAUUCCAAACUAAUAGUUCCCUGUUUGUUUGAGCAUUUAAGAAGGUUAAAUGGUACAGUCAAGCUGACAAAAAACAAAAAAAAAUAUG